AUGGACAUUUGCAACAUCCAUAGAUCGAUAGUACAGGAGCCAGUUGUGUGUUUCGCUAUGGAGUGGCUAUUUGGACACCGAAUGACGCCCGACGAGAUGCUGCGUAAAAACCAGCGCGCUCUCAAUAAGGCCAUGCGGGACUUGGAUAGAGAGCGGCUCAAGAUGGAGCAACAGGAGAAAAAGGUCAUCGCAGAUAUAAAGAAGUUGGCCAAAGACGGACAAAUGGAUGCCGUGAAGAUAAUGGCCAAAGACCUGGUGCGCACCCGUCGCUACGUGCGCAAGUUCAUGCUGAUGAAGGCGAAUAUCCAGGCAGUGUCACUGAAGAUCCAGACCCUCAAGUCGCAGAGCACAAUGGCGCAGGCGAUGCGCGGCGUCACGCGCGCCAUGGCCACCAUGAACCGCCAGCUCAACAUGCCCCAGAUACAGAAGAUAUUGCAGGAGUUUGAGAAGCAGUCGGAGAUUAUGGACAUGAAGGAGGAGAUGAUGAACGACUCCAUCGACGAAGCAAUGGAGGGCGAUAAUGAUGAAGAGGAAAGCGAUGCGGUCGUGUCCCAGAUCCUGGACGAGCUGGGUCUACAGCUCAACGACCAGCUCUCGGGGCUGCCGCAGGCGACAGGCUCCCUCUCUAUCGCCAGCAAGCAUCCGUCGGCGGUGGCGGCGGUGGGCGGCGGCGGGGCAGGGGCGGGGGGCGGCGCGGGGGCGGGGGGCGGGGCGGGGGCGGCGCUCAGCGACGCCGACGCGGAGCUGCAGGCGCGCCUCGACAACCUGCGCCGCGAG